AUGUCUGGCCAUUUCAAAUCAACCAAAGGGCUAAGUGCUUUUCCCAAGCGACCGCAGUUCUCGGGCUUCAUGAAGUCAUGUCGCUUCGAGGGAGAGAUACAACAUCUCGAGGUUCGAGGUGAGAUCCCGCAAGAGAUCGACGGCACGUUCUAUCGUUGGUUUAAUGGUGAUGGAAUUGUCAUUCCGUUCCGGAUCAGGGACGGGCAUUGCCACUUCAAGCAGCGCUACGUCAGAACGGAGAAGUUCGUAACGGAAAGAAAGGCCGAAAAAGCGGUUGUUUGUAAAUAUCGCAAAAAGUACACGGACGCUGUGGAACUGAAGAUUCGCACAACUGCAAAUACCAAUGUGCUCUACUUUGAUGGUCGCCUUCUUGCAUGCAAGGAAGAUGCUCCCCCCUACUCGCUCGAUCCCGAGUCACUCGAGACGAUUGGUUUAGAGGACUUUGACGGACAGCUACCAUCUCUGACCUUUACUGCCCACCAAAAGUUUGACGAUGCUACGGGAGAGCUCGUUUGCUUCGGUUUUGGAGCCAAGGGUGAUGGCACACCAGACGUGUGCUGUUUCACAGUCAACAAAGAAGAGAAAGUUGUCGAGACAGUGUGGCUUGUUUGUCCUCUGGUUGCUAAAAUUCAUGACUUUGCAAUCACAGAGAAUUGGACCUGUGAUGUUGAGCGCAUGAAGCAGGGAGGUGAGCACUGGCAGUGGGAUCCUGACGUCCCCUUCUAUUUGGGCGUCAUCCCGCGUCGUGGCGCAUCGGGAGGCGAUGUGAAAUGGUUCCGCGCUCCAAACGCUUUUCCAGGUCACACAGUCAAUGCAUACGAGGAUGAAGCCGGCAAUGUGGUCUUUGAUCUACCAUUGGUUGACAAAAACGUGUUCUUUUGGUGGCCCGACAUCAAUGGGAAUGCGCCAAAGCCCGAGAUAGCGGCAGACCUCGUCCGAUUCACGUUCGACCCUCACAGUGACAAUCUCGAACUCCCUAAGCCUGAGAUACUUCACAGAGAGGACUGCAAAUUUCCUCGGAUCAACGACAAGUUUUCCGGCCGCAAGCACGAACACGCAUUCAUGGAUCUGAUGGACCCAAGCCUUGGCACAGAAUUCCUGAAUAUUCUGCCAAGAACGGGAGGCGGGUUCCCUCCCUACAAUUGUCUUGCUCGUCUAGACUACCGGUCCCUAAGGCUGGAGAAAUAUCUCCCGGGUCGCACACAUUUGGUUCAAAAACCAAUUUUUAUUGCGAGGCAAGGCGAAGAUGCUUCUGAAGCAGACGAUAGGGUUCUAGCACUACCUAGCGAACUACAUAUCGUGGACACAAGGGACUUCGAAUCUCCCCAGGCAAUCGUAGAUCUCCCGAUCCGGCUUAGGGCAGGCCUGCAUGGGAAUUGGGUGAACGCUCGGUAGCUCGUGUUCACGGGCGGAAAACACGGUAUGAGUGGUGGAGUACAAGGAGACUGGUGAUCGAGAGGACAGAGACGAUGCAGUACAGGUGCAGGAGGAAUACAUUCCGAUUGCAAAGAAGGUUAGGAUGGUGCCGGUUAGAGACGAGGUGGCGCUCGGGGAUGAGUUGGUUGAAGACCGAGUUUCAACACUCUGUCUAGCACUGAGAUGAAACACGAGGGUAAGCCUGUGAAGUAGUUUCUAUUGUCCAAGGAUGAGAAGGAGGGAAAAUCAUGAUUGGUAAUUCAGCGUUCGGCGACAGAACGGUUUUACAUCUUGGGGUGGUGAAGCGUGAUUUUGUUUGCAAUGCGGUUCCUCAGAUUGGUGGGGGAAGGGCUGGUACUUCGACAGGUGCCAAGAUAUGAACAGACCAAGUGCAGGGUAAAGCUCUGCCUUUAAAAAGUGGGUGCAACCGGAUAGCUGUGCCGCUGCCUCCGUUG